CGGAGCCCGAGAGACAGAGAAGGAGCAAGAGAGGAAGAAAGAGAGGCAGAAAGGGCGUGUUUCUGGCGCUGCGUUUCCCCUCCCCUUUCUCAGGUCCUUCGCUCGGGCUCUGCGCGCUCUCCGGCGGCAGCUCUCCUCGGGCGAAGCUGGGAAUUGGGUGGGAUUAUACGGAGCAGCCCCGCCGCCGCCGCCGCUAGCAGAGCCCAGCUCCGAGAGGGCGGUGGGUCCCCUCCGUCAUUGGCGCCUGGCGCCCCCAGCCUCUCGCUCUCUCCGCCUCGCUUUCCCCGGCGUCGGGCCGGGAGAAGCCGGCAGCAUCGGGAGCCUCCCGACGAGGGCGCCGCGGUCCGCGCCCCGCGCCCGCAGCCCCCGGCCCGGCCCCGGCGGGGCGCCCCCUCCCCUCCCUCCUCCGGCGCGCGGGGGCCCCGCCGGCUUCCGCCCUCCCGGGGCUGCCAGACCGGCCCCGGCCGCCCGGCUGCGGGUGGCUCCAGCCAUGGGCUCGGGGCGCGUGCCCGGGCUGUGCCUGCUCGUCCUGCUGGUCCACGCCCGCGCCGCCCAGCACAGCAAAGCCGCGCAAGAUGUGGACGAAUGCGUGGAAGGGACCGACAACUGCCACAUCGAUGCCAUCUGCCAGAACACCCCACGGUCGUACAAGUGCAUCUGCAAGUCUGGCUACACAGGGGAUGGUAAACACUGCAAAGAUGUGGAUGAGUGUGAACGAGAAGACAAUGCCGGUUGUGUGCAUGACUGUGUCAACAUCCCUGGCAAUUACCGAUGCACCUGCUAUGACGGAUUCCACCUGGCACAUGACGGACACAACUGUCUGGAUGUGGACGAGUGCGCCGAGGGCAAUGGUGGCUGUCAGCAGAGCUGCGUCAACAUGAUGGGCAGCUAUGAGUGCCACUGCCGGGAGGGCUUCUUCCUCAGCGACAACCAGCACACCUGCAUCCAGCGGCCAGAAGAAGGAAUGAAUUGCAUGAAUAAGAACCACGGUUGUGCUCACAUUUGCCGGGAGACACCCAAAGGGGGUAUUGCCUGUGAAUGCCGCCCUGGCUUCGAGCUCACCAAGAACCAACGGGACUGUAAACUGACGUGCAACUAUGGCAAUGGUGGCUGCCAGCAUACGUGCGAUGACACAGAGCAGGGGCCCCGGUGUGGCUGCCAUGUCAAGUUUGUGCUCCAUACGGACGGGAAGACUUGCAUCGGGGAAAGGCGGCUAGAGCAGCACAUCCCCCCUCAGGCCGUUUCUAAUGAGACCUGUGCUGUCAACAACGGGGGCUGUGAUAGUAAGUGCCACGAUGCAGCCACAGGCGUCCACUGCAGCUGCCCCGUGGGAUUCAUGCUGCAGCCGGACAGGAAGACCUGCAAAGACAUAGACGAGUGCCGCUUGAACAAUGGGGGCUGUGACCACAUUUGCCGCAACACAGUGGGCAGCUUUGAAUGCAGCUGCAAGAAGGGCUAUAAGCUUCUCAUCAAUGAGAGGAACUGCCAGGAUAUAGACGAGUGUUCUUUUGAUCGAACCUGUGACCACAUAUGCGUCAACACACCGGGAAGUUUCCAGUGCCUCUGCCAUCACGGCUACCUGCUAUAUGGUGUCACCCACUGUGGGGAUGUGGAUGAGUGCAGCGUCAACCGCGGAGGUUGCCGCUUCGGCUGCAUCAACACUCCUGGCAGCUACCAGUGUACCUGUCCCAGUGGCCAGGGCCGGCUGCACUGGAACGGCAAAGAUUGCACAGAGCCGGUAAAAUGUCAAAGCAGUCCUGGUGCCUCGAAAGCCAUGCUCAGCUGCAACCGGUCUGGCAAGAAGGACACCUGUGCCCUGACCUGCCCCUCCCGGGCCCGGUUUUUGCCAGAGUCUGAGAAUGGCUUCACGGUGAGCUGUGGCACCCCCAGCCCGAGGGCCACUCCAGCCCGAGCUGGCCCCACCGGGAACAGCACAAACUCCAACCACUGCCAUGAGGCUGCAGUGCUGUCGGUUAAACAGCGGGCCUCCUUCAAGAUCAAGGACGCCAAGUGCCGUCUGCAUCUGCGAAACAAAGGCAAAAUGGAGGAGGCCAGCAGGAUCCUGGGGCAAGGUGGUGCCCCCUGCUCUGACUGCCAGGUCACCUUCAUCCACCUCAAGUGUGACUCCUCUCGGAAGGGCAAGGGCCGGCGGGCCCGGACCCCUCCAGGCAAGGAAGUCACUCGGCUCACCCUGGAACUGGAGGCAGAGGUCAGAGCCGAAGAAACCACAGCUGCCUGUGGACUCCCCUGCCUCCGACAGCGAAUGGAACGGCGGCUGAAAGGGUCCCUGAAGAUGCUCAGGAAGUCCAUCAACCAGGACCGCUUCCUGCUGCGCCUGGCAGGCCUUGAUUAUGAGCUGGCACACAAGCCAGGCCCAGGAACUGGGGAGCGAGCAGAGCUGGUGGAGGCCUGUAGGCCUGGGCAGCACCGCACCGGGGCUAAGUGUGUCAGCUGCCCGCAGGGAACGUAUUACCACGGCCAGACGGAGCAGUGUGUGCCAUGCCCAGCGGGCACCUUCCAGGAGAGAGAAGGGCAGCUCUCCUGCGACCUUUGCCCUGGGAGUGAUGCCCACGGGCCUCUCGGAGCCACCAACGCCACCACGUGUGCAGGUCAGUGCCUGCCUGGCCAAUACUCCGUAGACGGGUUCAAGCCCUGCCAGCCAUGUCCACGCGGCACCUACCAACCUGAAGCAGGACGGACCUUGUGCUUCCCAUGUGGUGGAGGCCUCACCACUAAGCAUGAGGGGGCCAUCUCCUUCCAAGACUGUGACACCAAAGUCCAAUGCUCCCCUGGUCACUACUACAACACCAGCAUCCAUCGCUGUAUCCGCUGUGCCAUGGGCUCCUAUCAGCCCGACUUCCGCCAGAACUUCUGCACCCGCUGUCCAGGAAACACAAGCACUGACUUUGACGGCUCCACCAGUGUGGCCCAGUGCAAGAAUCGCCAGUGUGGUGGGGAGCUGGGUGAGUUCACUGGCUAUAUCGAGUCCCCCAACUACCCAGGCAACUACCCAGCUGGCGUGGAGUGCAUCUGGAACAUCAACCCCCCACCCAAGCGCAAGAUCCUUAUCGUGGUACCCGAGAUCUUCCUGCCAUCUGAGGAUGAGUGUGGGGACGUCCUCGUCAUGAGAAAGAACUCCUCACCAUCCUCCAUUACCACCUAUGAGACCUGCCAGACCUACGAGCGGCCCAUUGCCUUCACAGCCCGGUCCAGGAAGCUCUGGAUCAACUUUAAGACGAGCGAGGCCAACAGUGCUCGUGGCUUCCAGAUCCCCUAUGUUACCUAUGAUGAGGACUAUGAGCAGCUAGUAGAAGACAUUGUUCGAGAUGGCCGGCUCUAUGCGUCUGAAAACCACCAGGAGAUUUUAAAGGAUAAGAAGCUCAUCAAGGCCUUCUUUGAGGUGCUGGCCCAUCCCCAGAAUUACUUCAAGUACACAGAGAAGCACAAGGAGAUGCUGCCAAAAUCCUUCAUCAAGCUACUUCGCUCCAAAGUUUCCAGUUUCCUGAGGCCCUACAAAUAGUGCCCCUAAGCCCAAGACCCAGGUUUUAAAGCCCCCAGACUCCUUAGCCCUCAGAGCCGGCAGCCCCCACCCCCAGAUGAGGAAAUCUCUCCUUUCUUUUUGGAGGAAAAAAAAAUCACUAUAGACCAAGCACUCUUCCGUUCUGUCUCUCCAGCUUCCUUUCCUGUCUCUCUCUGCCUCUGUCUUUCUCCCUCUCUCUCUUUACUGUGGUCCCUUUUCCUAUACGCUCCCUGGAAAAGCCAUUAAGUGCUGGCUCUAUUGCCCCUGAGGGGUGAAAGAACAGUGUCCCCUUCCCCUUCCCAGCCACACUGACCAUUUCACCAGCUCACAUCUAUGGCCUCAUCAGCCUGAAGGGGUGCUAGAGGCCCAUGAAGGAAGUGGGUCUCGUGGGGAAUGGGGCAGGGGGAAGAAGGGCUUCUGCCCUUCUUAUAGGGUUGUGCCUUGCUAGUCAGGAGCCAAAAUGUCCCCUGGCUCUGCCCCCAAGGGUGAUUUUAACAACCCAGGGAUCUGCCAAAGAAGUCUCUGACUUACAGGCCUAAUGCCAGCACUGGUCCUCUGGGGUACGUGGUUCGAGCCCUAGACUGUCCACACAGCUGGCUUUCUUGUCAAUACAGCUUCUUUCCUUCUUCCCCCACAUGUCUGCUUGGGGUCCAAUUCAUGAGGGCUUACAAAGGCCCAUACCACUGGGCUAGUGGACAUCAGCUGAAUGAGGAAAAGCAGCAGGCAUUACCAUGUUGAAUGUGCUGCUGUCACUUCCCAACAGAAAGACUAUAGCUCUGCAGGACAGAAACCAGGUUUUAAAGCAUCACCAAAAAAAAAAAAAAAGAAAAAAAAAGAAAAAAAUAAAGAAAGGAAGAAAGAAAAAAAAAGAAAGAAAGAAAAAGAAAAAGAAAAAGGAAGAAAAAAGAAAGAAAGAAAACCUAUCAUCUAAAGGACUAGACUUCAGAACAAUUAGAAACCAGCCUCAAACACCAGUCCCUUUUCUUACUUGUCGUCCUGGCCCAGCCAUCUCCUCACCCCUACCUGAGCGCUCCCUGGGGGAGCCCUACUCCCCUUGCUAAGUGUUGUCCUUAAAGAAAUAUGGCUGCUGACCAGAAGCCAGCCUGGGCCUUGUCCCCGAGUUGUCUUUCCCUUGUAGCCCUAGAUGGCUUGUGGACUCCACCAAAGAGGACCCUGCUCUGAUGCCAGCCCAGAGCCACCUACCUCUGGCCCCAGGCUGUGGGCAGCAAGAGGAAUGUGUGCACACUUGGCAACCCUUCUGCCCACCCUGUCCACAUCUAAUAAGUGCAAUCAUUUUGAGUCUUCCUAUGUUGUCUAGA